GUCUCCUUCCUACCACCCUCUGACAUCAACCUUCGUCUCUUGCUACAAUUUCUCUGCACUCAAAUUAAUCCCGGACGAUGAAAAAUGAACCUCUCCCCCACCCUUGCAGCCACCCUUCGCCUCACGCCCCCAGAGAAGAGUUUCUCCAUCCGGCAACUGGUGAAGGCUUUUUUCCAAGUCACAUGAUCCAGGAUGCAGGGGAAAAUCCUUCUUGGAACAGAGCUGGGUGCAGAAUCGAAUCAGAUGAGGAGAGAUAAGGUGUGAUGUGGGACAGACUAUAUAAAGCAUGGAGCCAGGGCUGCAACAAGCACGCAGCCGUGGGGCCCCUUCCCCUGACCCAGCCAUGCAGGUGCCGCCCGGCUCGGCAGACAGCCUCUGGAGAAGCACGAGGCCCUGGAGAACCCGCAGCUACUUCUACCUCAGCACCAUCGCACUGGUGUGCCUUGUCGUGGCACUGGCAAUCAUUCUGGUCCUGGUAGUCCAGAAAAAGGACUCCACUCCAAAAACAACUGAGUCGGUCCCCCUUAAAGGAGGAAAUUGCUCAGAGGACCUCUUAUGUACCCUGAAAAGGACUCCAUCCAAGAAGUCAUGGGCCUACCUCCAAGUGUCGAAACAUCUCAACAGUGCCAAACUAUCAUGGAACCAAGACGGUACCAUCCACGGACUCGUAUACCAGGAUGGGAACCUGGUGGUCCAAUUCCCAGGCUGGUACUUCAUCAUUUGUCAACUGCAAUUUCUCGUGCAGUGCUCAAAUCAUUCCAUGGACCUGACACUGCAGCUCGUCAUCAAUUCCAAAAUCAAAAAGCAGGCACUGGUAACAGUGUGUGAGUCUGGAGUUCAAGGCAAGAACAUCUACCAUAAUCUCUCUCAGUUCUUGCUGCAUUACCUACAGGUCAACUCUACCAUAUCUGUCCGGGUGGAUAAUUUCCAGUAUGUGGAUACAAACACUUUCCCUCUUGAUAACGUGCUGUCCGUCUUCCUAUAUAGUAGCUCAGACUGAAUAGCUACUCUUAACCUUUAUGAAAAUGCUGUCUACCAUACAGUACUUCAUCUGUCCAAACAUGGGACAAAGAAAAUAUCAGGACAACUCAAACUAAGCAUGUGAGUUAGUGUACUUCUCCUUCUGUCCUAUGGAAAGACACAAGCCCAAGGUUUAGAAGGCGAGGUCUGCAUCAGAUGCACAGCCAGGCAGGGUGCAGUGUGUGGACAGAGACCUACAUAGGCACUAAAAGGGGUCAAGUUGUCUCAAUAUAACCACUAAUUCACUGACCUUGAGCCAUUUUUCCUCCUCCUGGAACUCGGGGUCUGAAUCUGAAAAAGUAGGAGAUGGGAUUUACAUUUCCCCAACACUUUCUUCCUCAACUUAGAAGAUAAGACUGUUGAGCUGAGCUUCUCAAGAGAUCAAAAAGCCUCCCAUGGCAUGAGGAAACUGAUGAACCAGUAAUGUCUGUCUGCCGGUCAUCUCAGCAAGUCAUAAGGAUUUCCAUGCUGCCGUGUAAUAUGAUACUCCAACCUCUUUGUAAUGGGCCAGGUAAUCCUGUCUCUCACCUAGGGGAGUAGCUUCUGCCAUCUCCUGAGAUGUAUGUGGUGGCAUUUUCUGCCUCAAAUCCAUUCUAUGUGCAGUUUUUAAGUAACCACCCCCAAAUUUGUUGACAAUGCGAACCUUGAAAGUGGGAAGAACUCCUGGACAGCAAACAUUAACAGCUUCUCCUGACCAGAGAGGCCACGCAGUUCUCUUAGACUCGUCAAGGUUGCUGUUUCUAUAGCAUUGUGGGAGACAGACUUCUGACAAAUCAUCUGAUAUGCGGACCCCUGGGAGUUAUACUUCACUGAGGAAAGCAAGUCCUGUCAGUGCUGCAUGAGAGGAUGGAGUAAAAUAGGAGCUCUUCUGAGGGAAAGGAGAAAAACAAUGGUUCAAAAAGAGGCUCGAAAUAUUUAAAAGGAAAAGAAGAAAAUAUAGCUUUUCUGAUGUGAGAGGAACCCAGAGAAACAAAACUGAAAACGAAGAGUAACUCUUGUCAACCUCCGCUUAGGUGUCCUCCUCUCUGAUUAUUGGAAAAGUAGUUGCCUGGUACAGGUCAGGUUCUUGCAUGGUCAAAUAGAAUCAGGUGUGGAGACUGCCAUGCUGGACACUAAGGAGACCUGUCAUAUGUGUGCUGUACUCAAAUGAGGGGCAAGUGAUUCUGAGAUUAAAUCAACACAUGCAUUCUAGAGGAACCUAUAUGAGAGCCAAGCAAAUGUUCUCCCCUUUCAGAUUCGAAGUCAAGAAAGACUCCAGUUCAUUUUUCUGAGGCUGUCCUCUAGGUAGAAGUACCUGCCUUUUGUACUAUGAUUUGAUCUUUUCCUAAUAACAGUCUCUGUCACGCUGUGCUCAGAAAGCCAACCACUGAAGAUAGGGUCACUUCAUCUAAAAAAGUGAAAUGUAGCAAAAUGGAAACAAAUAUAGCCAACAAUUAUUAAUAAGUCAGCUGGAGUGGACAUAAGAAGUGGACAGUCCAGGUGUUUAAAACUAAACUAUGAUAUUUUUGAGGAUUAACUUGCCCCCCGUGGGACUUUCUGGCAUAUCUGUAAUAAUAUAUUUUUCAUUGAUGUGACAGAGUGCUUGAUAGAUACAACUGAAGAAAAAGAUUGAUUUUGGAUCACACUUUAAGAAAAGCUACAGUCUACAAUGGCCAGAAGGCAAGGCAGCAGGAAUGUGGGGGGAUGGUCACACUGGGUCCGCAGUCAUGAAGUAGAGAGAGAUGGACGUUGGUAUGCAUCUCUCUUCCCCCUUUUCUCCAUUUAUUCAGUCUGCAAUUCUAGUCAAUAAGACAGUGCUGCCCACCUUCAGAAUAGGUCUACAACAUGUAGUUGAAUCUCUCAAGAGACACUAUCUUAAAAUCAGCCAGGCAUGUGUGUCCCAGUAGAUUCCAAAUCCUGUCAACUUGACAAUGAAGAUUAAUUAUCACCACAUACGUGCAAGCACAUCAUUUUUCUAACUGGAUGCUUAGGCUACCUAAAACCCAUAUUUGCUUAGUGAAAAUUCAGUGAAUUUAUAUGCCAUGCACUCACAAACUUGAUGAAAAUUGUCUUUGAAAAGUUUGUUUUAGUUGAUGAAAUCUUCCACCUCUGGUGUGAGGUCAGUUAGCCCUGGUGGGUUUCCCAUUGUGUAGAAAUCCAGAGAACACCAGUCCCUAUCCAGUCCUCAAGGACUUCAUCCAGCCCCUGACCCCAGCUCUGCUCUUUCUCAUCAGGCUUUCUUGGACUUCCCACGGCUUUUAGGAAAGGCUUCAGGUCACAUCUCUCCAGCCCCACACUGAAACAGCCCCCGCACCAAGGCAGUCCUCUGCCCUCCUCUAUGUGCCCCAGCCACUUCAUCUCCAUCUUCUGUAGAUUUGGCCCAUAACUGAGUCACAGAAGAGGGCAAGAGCUAUGUUACAACCCUCAGAACCAAAGGAGUUUAGGAUCAAGCCAAUACUAUUUUUAGAUUAAAAAUAAUAAAACUUACUGUUUAGUUUGAACCUAUACAUAUAUAGGUGUACAUGUGUGUGCAUAUAUGCACAUAUGUGCAUGUGCAUGUGUGCAUAUUUUUCCAGUCAUGUUUUACAUAUCAUCUGCUUAGUCUAGUUCAGGGAAUUGGGAAUUUCAAAGCUUGUAUAUGCUUAUAUUUAUUUUUAAUUAAGAAGUGAAAAUAAUAUUUUUCCUAGGCUUCAUCAGCUUAUUUAAUUAUUAUUAAUAUUUUUCCAGAUUUCCAUCUGCUUCAUUUUUUUAAAAAAAAUGGAGAUAGAGCUUAGCCACACUCUUCCAUCCCCUACUCCCUCUCCAAGGAGUCAUAACUGCUGUCUGGAAAUCUGUGCCUGCUUUUCAUUUACAUAAACUCACAUUGGUUUUCUAAAUAAGAAUAUAUGGAACAAUUUUGUGUGCCUUUUAAAUUUUUUAAUAAAAGAUAUACUUUAUAUG